GCGCUUUUUUUGACGCUCGCGCACACAACGCGAAUUUUCGGUCUUGGAGUUUCCACAAUAAUCCUCCACUUUCCAUACUUUGACUCGCGCUGCGUUUGGAUUUUUUUUGUUGCAGUUGGAUGGAACCAGAGGACGGAAUGGCGGAAGGGGCGCCACUGGGAUCGGACGACCUGGACGAUGUGCGGCUGCUCACCAGCGAUCACAGCAAUCCCGGCACUGACGACAUGGAUGCCACCGUCAGUCCCGCGCUGCUGAUACCCGUAGCCCCACAACGGCGGACGUCGCCACGAGAGCGCAGAUUGCAAAGCCCAGCCAAGCCAGCUCCAGUCCAUCGUCAUCCUGCUGCCAAUCGCCCAAAGCUCAAAGCUCACCCAGACCCAGACCCAGACCCACACCCAGACCCGGCCCAACAAGACGAUCGCCCAGACCCAGACGAGCACAAUCCCGCGCAAGAACAAGAGACGGCAGACCAAGAUCGGACGCAGCAGCAGUUGGCGCCAUGGCCAGUGCUGCGCAAUUGGGCGCGCGAGUACAAGGCAACCACCGAGCUGUCGUGGAUUCAGGUCUUUGACAAGUUUGGCAUUGCCUACGACGAGAACUUUCUGCAGUACUUGGCGCCAUGCCAUACUCGAGGACCAUCGCUGCGUGAAAACUCGUACUCGAUCGUGCUGUAUCAGAAGUUGAACGAAGCGAGGAAUUUGCUCAAAGCGGACAGCGAAAGUUCCGAGUACGAGUGCGAUCAAGAUGAGGACGACGAUGAUGAAGACGAUGAUGAAGACGAUGAAGAUGCAGAAGAAGAAGAAGAAGAAGAAGAGGAGGAGGAGGAGGAGGAAGACAAAGGGAAUCAACUAUUCGACCUCAGCGACAGCCAAACCCGUCAACGCGGCGGGAAGAAGAAGACCUCAAGAAGCUCGUCUACCAGGAGGAAGAGGAGGAGGAGGAAGAGGACGAAGCGACAACGAGGGACUCGACCGCCCUCCGAUUCGGCCGAGGCAGCUCCAUUGCGAUGCAACCCACCGCCGAAACCACUCAAGACGCACAUCCAAGCCCUCGGCGUGGACUGCCUCAUGCAAGUAUUUUCGUUCUUGUCUGUUGUGGAUUUGUGCCGAGCAGCACAGACAUGUCGUAGCUGGCGAGAUUUGUGCUCGCAGCCGUUUUUUUGGCGUCGCGUUCAUCUGAAUCUGAUGGACACUCGCGUUACCAGCUGGCAACGCUUCAAAGAUCGAGUCGUCAACACCCUCCUCCAAUUAACCUUGGAAGCUGUCCCGUGGCAGGAGCACGACCCCCGCUCGGACAAUCUCGAGGCCUUGAUUCCGCAUCUCGCGCAGUGUUCUCGACUACAUACCCUCAAACUCUCGCACGUUCCAUACUACUUUGUCGAGGCCGCAUCGGCACACUUGUCCAACAUCCGCGUCAUGCACAUGGAUGGGAUUAUUUUUACGUUAGAAGAGCGGCUGGAAGAGGAUCAAGACCCCGAACCCGCAGCCGAUUUCCGCCACAACUCGCAACCCAAUCCCAAGGCUCGCCCUCCAAUCAGCAAUUCAUCCGUUAAUACUUCCUUCAUUUCUGCGCCCAUUGGCAUGCUUGAUGUCGGAAAAUUCGGAAACUGGGACGGUUUGCGUGAACUUUGUUUGAUUGGAGACGAGGCCUUCACCCUGCCGCCCUUUUCUUUUUCUGGUGGACUGAAUGCUUUAGGGUUGCUAAAGCAUAUCGAAGUCUUGGCAAUCGCACCGCUGGUCGGCGCACGGCCCGAGGACUUUCGGUUUUUGGCCGAUCUCACCAGUCUGCGGACGCUCGCUCUCGGAGAAUGCACGACAUGGGAUGCAAGCGUCUUUUUGUCCCUGUCGCGCCUUAGUCUGUUGGAAAGCCUUAGCCUGGAAGGCGGUGGUCGGCUGGACGACGAUUCACUUUUUCUGUCGCUUCAAGAUCUUCCACACCUUCAAAAAUUACAGCUGCACAUGUUCUGCUUCCCGCGAAGCUUUAGUGCCUGCCUACCCAGCUUGAGGUCUCUGUCGUUUCUAUCCGUCCAGCCAGGAGGGCACACCGUGUCCGAGUACAUGGCGUCAGCGACGAACUGCUUGAACGCUUGCGUUCAGAUGGAAACGUCAGCAUUGACUGCGCUGCAUUGGGGCGUGGCUGCGCCCUCGUCCGACGACGACUGGUCGUUGCGGUUUGAUAACAGUGCUGCGGACACGGGCGGGCCGCCGUUUUCCUCAGCGACGCUGGCCCUCGGACCGGAUGCGACUUCGUCCAGAGCGACGCGUGUGGCAGCGGCUUGCGCACUACCGGUGUCAAAGGAUGGUGCGUCGUUUUCCAUUCGCGAGCCGUAUACGUGGCUGGCAUUGUUUCCUGACGCGAACGAAGGGCAUAGCCGCGCCACGAGGAGCACUGCUGGGCAGUUGCUAGACCCUACCAGCGUUCGUCUCCCAGGGACGCUGGAUCUCAACAAGCUGGUCGAUUUGCUCCAGGCAAACUUGCCCAAUGUGCUGGUCGAUGUGUACUCUCUCGAUCGCUUCGAGCCCUGUGAUUCCGCUUGAGCGAGUCAUGCGGGUCUGCUCCUGUUCCUCCUGUUCCAAUGUUGCCUUUAAUAUAACUAUGAACCCUUUCGUUUGAAUCUGCA